UUCGAGAUCUAAACUUGAUUUUGAGUGAAUUUGAACUUGAUUUUGAGUAUCUCCAGCUGACUGUGUAUCAGUCGUUUUGAACACGCGCUCGAUUCAAUCCUUAACUUGCCAAAAACAUUGCGAUGAUUGAAGGAUAUCAAAAAAAGUCAUCUAAGCUGCCACGAAUGAGUUCAAAAAAUCGAGUGGCAAAAAAAAACAGUCUAACUAAAAGUAAAAGAAUGGCGUCCAAUAAGCUUGAAAAAGAAUACGAGUCACAUCAGGAUGCGUUUAACCGCCAGGAAUCAUUGAAACCGCUUCUCCCUAUAAAAACAAAGACUGGACAAUUGAUAAGUCGUCAGUCAGACUUUGUACAAGUGCACAAGUCCGAAGAUGUACUUCCAGAACCGAAAAUUAACCAUGAAAUUAAUGAUACGACUUCGGCGAUAUGCACAGCAAUAGGGUUUGCAGAUAUGCUGCAAAAACGGGAAGAAAUUAUUGAGCGUCAAAAAUUUUUGAUUGGUGUUACGUGUACGUCCAUCCAAGAAAAUCCGGAAACAAAGAUUGAGAAAUUAGCAAUUUUAAUGGAUCUAGUCUCUGAUAAGUUGCAAAAUGGCGAAAAAAAUGCCCUGGUUAUCAGAAAACUUGCUCUCAUAUCAAUCGCAGAGCUGUUCAAAGAUAUUAUACCAGAAUACAAACUGGGUAUCUUAGAUGCAAGUGUCCACAAGAUGAAAAAAACAACUAUCACCAGAGUAAACUUUGAAAACAAACUACUCAAGCAUUUCCAGUGCUAUUUAGUUUACUGUGAAAGCAUCUCCAAGUCAUUGCUCAAAACCACUAAAAAAAUCGUACCCUCGGAAGAAUGUCAACUAGCUGAAAUUUCCGUGAAUUGCAUGUGUAAUCUCUUGGUCGCACAUCCUUAUUUCAACUACAGCAUCAAUAUUGUUCAAAUUCUUGCUGCUCUAUUGAACAGCGAUUCAUUGAGUGUUCGAAUGUGUGUAUACAACUGUUUUGUAACUAUUUUCAAGAAGGAUAAUCGUUUUGACAUAAGUUUACAUAUUGUACGCAGUAUCAAUCGAAUAGUGAAAAGAAAUGGUUUGAAUGUUCAUCCGGAAACAAUAUCCUGUCUUAAAUGUUUACCGAUAAUUGGAACCGACAUAGAUUCGGAAGCUGCCAGAGAGAAAAAACUUAAAACGUUAGAAACCCACAAAUCUCGCAUUAUUAAUCUGUCCAAAAAGGAACGCAAACGGAAGAAAAAAUUAAUGCAAUUGGAAAAUGAACUAUUCGAAACAAGGGCGGAUGAGAACAAGAUGCUUCUAACAAAGAAAAAAUCCGAUCUCGUCAAGUUGGUGUUUACCAUACUGUUUCGAGUUCUUAAAGUUACGCCGGUUUCAAAACUAUUAAGCGCUGCUUUAGAAACCCUUUCAAGGUUUGCUCACGCCAUCAACAUCGAUUUUUUUUCUGAUUUGGUUGAAAUUUUGAACAGUCUAUUGAAUAGCAAAAAACUAGGGUAUAGAGAGGAACUGCAUUGUAUUCAGGCAGUUUUUGCAAUUUUAAAAGGACAAGGCGAAAUUAUGAACAUCGAUCCGGUUCGGUUCUAUUCACAUCUCUACAAAAAUCUGCUGACAAUACAUGCUGGAAACAAUCAGGAGGACUUCCCAGCUAUUCUUUCGACAUUAGACAGCGUUCUCUUGAAUAGGCGAAAGGAUAUUACGUAUCAACGAUACUUAGCGUUUCUCAAACGUAUUGCUAUGCUGACGUUGCAACUACUGCACUUUGGAUCGCUUGGAUGCUUAGGUGUUAUAAAAUCAGCAAUGGCACUUAAUGGCACACUUGAUGUUAUAUUAGAUACCGAAACAAUUACAGGUUCAGGAAAUUAUAAUCCUGAACUGGAUGAACCGGAUUACAGUUGCGCUAAUUGUAGUAACUUGUACGAGUUAUCGGCUCUCCACAGACACUAUCAUCCAUGCGUUCGACGUUUGUCUACCAACAUUGCCAAUGGUACACCAAGCACUGGGCCUGGAUCUCUACCCGUGGAUCUAGCGAAAAUGUCCGCUAUUGAAUUAUACAAUAACUUUGACAGUUCCAAAAUGGUGUUCAGCCCAUCUAUACCGUGUCCGAAUAUUUCUGUGUAAUAAUUAUAAUUUUGUUUAUUUGAAGAACCAUAAAGUAAAAUAAAGAUCAAUCAUGUAUGUUUUUGACACAGUGAAUCGCAAUUCUGUGAACUUGAUGGUUGCUAUCAAAGAUACACACAGAGAAAUGCUCUUUAAGGGCAUCUCCACCGCAGAGAUCUAAUUGCGUGGCAAACCUAUCGGUUCUAAAUAAACAACUUUUUCGUUAGUUCUGGCAUCAAAUAAAA